AUGAUAGUUGACGAUAGUUCAGAAUAUUAUCAAAGUAAUGACUUUGACUUUGAAACUACGCAUAUAUAUUUGGAACAAUAUGAUCAAUUUGAAAAUUCAAGGACUUCAUCUAAUUUAUCAACUGAAAUGCUACCUGAAAUUCAAACAACUCUAGAAAACAAAGAAAAAGAUAAAGAAUCCAUUAUUUCCAAAAAUAAAAAAUCAUACAAACGUAAAAAUCCAUCAUUUACGCGAGAAUAUUUUGAAAAAACAGUCAAUAGUACAGGUGAAGAAGUGCAGGUUUGCAAGGUUCAGAAUGAAAAUGAGAAAAAAUGCAAUCAAGAAUAUAAGAAUGUUGAAAGCUCGACAGGAAAUCUCAUUGCGCACCUCAGAGAUGUACAUAGAAUCGGUUUACAAGACGAUAUAGUAUUUAAAGUUGAAUUAAAGUAA